AUGCCACACAAUGUAAGAGUCCUUAUCACACCAAAUGCUGCCAAAGAUAGGGUCAUCAAUAAAUUUCCAUCUGCCUUUCAUCCAGAUGCAUCUCCCUACCAUCAGUUGAACUUUAGCCCAAAGGUCAAGAUGGCAUGUUCCGAGAAUAAAACUGGACGUGUCAGCUUACGAAUUUCCAAGGCUGUGAUUGUUGGAGACAUUUCUGUCGGAAAAACCUGCCUUGUCAACAGAUUUUGUCAUAACAUAUUUGACCGUGAUUACAAAGCAACAAUUGGAGUUGAUUUUGAAGUGGAAAAAUUUUCCAUAUUGGCUGCUCCCUAUACACUUCAGGUGUGGGAUACAGCGGGUCAAGAACGUUUCAAAUGCAUAGCAGCAUCUUAUUACAGAGGAGCCCAUGUGUUAAUCACAGCAUUUGAUUUGACAAAUAUGGCGUCUUUGGCCAAUGCCAUCAACUGGAUGGAAGAUGCAGCAAAAAGUGCAGAUAAUCCAUGCAGAUUUCUGGUUGGGACAAAGAAGGACCUUGUUUCACCUGCUGCCUAUGAAAAUAUCGAGCAAGAAGCCAUAAAGUUAGCAAAUUCACUAGAAGCUGAAUACUGGGCUGUCUCAUCAAAAACAGGUGAAAAUGUCAAUGAAUUUUUCUUUCGUGCUGUUGCCCUUACCUUUGACCGUUCUGUCUUGAGGGAAUUAGAGGGUUCUAAUGUUCCUGCCGCGCAGAUUGGAAACAAACUCAUCAAAAUUGAUGGUCACGAUUCAAACUUAUUUGAAAAGUCCAAAAGUCGAGUGAAGUGUUGUCAUUAA